AUGGUUCAGAAAAAUAUUGUUCUUCUUCCUGGUGACCACGUGGGCACCGAGGUUGUAAACGAGGCCGUCAAGGUUUUGAAAGCCAUUGAGGAAGCAACGUCUCAAGAUAUCAAAUUCAAUUUUUCAACCCAUCUAAUUGGUGGUGCAGCCAUUGACAAGACCGGAGUGCCUUUGCCCGAUGAAGCCCUCGAGGCUGCCAAAAAGUCAGACGCUGUCUUGUUGGGAGCCGUUGGUGGCCCCAAAUGGGGUACUGGUGCCGUUAGACCAGAGCAGGGUCUUCUCAAGAUCAGAAAGGAAUUGGGCCUUUAUGCGAACUUGAGACCUUGCAACUUUGCAUCUGACUCGCUUUUGGACCUUUCUCCAUUGAAGGCCAGUGUUGUCAAAGGAACCAAUUUCACCGUGGUGCGUGAAUUGGUCGGUGGUAUCUACUUUGGUGAGAGACAAGAACAGGAAGAGUCUGCCGACGGUCAGAGCGCUUGGGACACCGAGAAGUACAGUGUCUCUGAAGUUGAAAGAAUCACCAGAAUGGCUGCCUUCAUGGCUUUGCAGCACAACCCUCCUUUGCCCAUCUGGUCCUUAGACAAGGCCAACGUGCUUGCCUCAUCUAGAUUGUGGAGAAAGACGGUCGACAAGGUGAUGAGCGAGGAGUUCCCUCAAUUGACCAUCAACCACCAGCUCAUUGACUCUGCUGCCAUGAUUUUGGUGCAGAGCCCAACUAAAUUGAACGGUGUUGUGAUCACGUCAAACAUGUUUGGUGAUAUUAUUUCCGACGAGGCUUCCGUGAUCCCUGGCUCCUUGGGUCUUUUACCUUCUGCAUCUUUGGCUUCAUUACCAGAUACAAAUAAGGCGUUUGGUUUGUACGAACCAUGCCACGGUUCGGCUCCGGACUUACCAGAAAACAAGGUCAACCCUGUCGCCACGAUUUUGUCGGCCGCUAUGAUGUUGCGCUUGUCAUUAGACUGCCUCAGAGAGGCAGAGGCCUUGGAGAAGGCUGUUCGUAACGUUUUGGACUCUGGUAUUCGAACCGCAGAUUUGAAGGGCUCAAGUUCCACUCAGGAAGUGGGCGAUGCCAUUGCUGCUGAGGUAAAGAAGCUUUUGCAGAAAUAA